AUGGCUGGCGACGCGUGCCAGUCGGUGGCCGUGGAGCGAGUCACAACGCCCACUGCGUGGCAGCAGCACAUGCAGGUGCGCGUGGCGGUGUUCGUGGAGGAGCAGCGCGUGCCGCCGCACGAGGAGGUGGACGCGCACGACGGGCUCGGCGCGCUGCACGCCGUGCCGCCCUCCGCGCUGCACUUCCUCGCCACCGUGCAGGGGCUCCCCGCUGGCGCAGGUCGCUGUGUGGUGAAGGCUGAUGGCACGGCCAAGGUGGGGCGCAUCGCCACGCUGCCUCAGUUCCGCCGCCAGGGAGUGGGGCGCGCCAUCAUGCACUGCAUUCACGAGCAUGCAGCGAAGCAGGGGUGUGUGAGGAGCACACUGGGAGCGCAGGUGGAGGCAGUGCCCUUCUACGAGCGCCUGGGGUACACAGUCACAUCGGGGGAGGUGUUUCUGGAUGCGGGCAUUGAGCACGUGGACAUGCACCGCACACUCGUGCCGUGA